CAUUACUGUAAUGGCUGCUUCCUGGGAGACGGUGUCACGUGGAACCUCUUAGCCUCAGCAUCCGGACUUCCACGAAGGGAAUAUUUCAAGUCAGAUAGAAUUUAUAUCUACUGUUUCUUUGGAACCUUCAACCAUCAAGAUCCCAACAUCAUGACCUCAGUUUCAACACAGUUGUUCUUAGUCCUCAUUUCACUGCUUUUGGUGUUGCCUGUUGUUCAAGCGGUAGAAGCUGGAGAUGCUAUCGCUCUCCUUUUAGGUGUGGUUCUCAGCAUCACAGGCAUUUGUGCUUGCUUGGGGGUGUAUGCACGAAAGAGAAAUGGACAAAUGUGACUUUAAAGGGCCUCCUGAAUCAAACCUCACUCUGAAAACCUUUGUGCUGUUGACGCUAAUCCUGAACUUUGGUGUCUGGAACUUGCCAAGAAACAGUAAAUAAGGUAGUUUCACA